AUGGAGUCAGUUGUAUUUAAAGCUUUCGUCUUAUCAAUGUUAGCUGUAGCCAGUGCUAAACCAGUGUGGGAUGAUGAAAAUAACGAAUACAAUGAUGGGUCAGAAGAAAGUGAAGUAGAAAACACUAAUUAUUAUCCCAAUUACCCAAGGCCAUAUGAUGGAGGGUAUGCACCAAUGGUUUAUGACAGACCCAAUUACAACAAUCAAUUCGACAGCUCUGAAGGAGGUGAAGAAGAAAACGAUAACUAUGACGGAGGAAAUUAUUACGCUCGUGAUGAAGGUUCCUCUGGAAGAUAUCCAUCAAACAGACAAAGUGGAAAUGAUUAUAGAGCUCUGAAAAGAAAGCCAAUGGCAAGAGUAAGACCUUACAAUUCAAGGUCAAGACAAAGAACAGAGGACUAUUCUACUGAGUAA